UAAAUGCCAUGUGGUAUACCGAAGGAUAGUGGCUGAGUGGUAAAGCUAAGGGAAUGGAAUGACAGCAUUGGACGCCCCCAAUAUUAUAAGGGGCGGAACCCCACUACGCUACUUGCUAGUGGACGGCGGUGAGUGAUUCUGCCGUCAUUUUAGCGUAUGAUCUAGGACUUGAAGGGACUUGAGGGGUCCAUGUGUCCACUUUCCAUGUGUCUUUCCAUGUGUCUUUCCAUGUGAGGGAGGGAGGCCUUCUUUGUUCAUCUCCCUUAUUUCAAUCCUUUCCCUCCAUCAAUUGAAGGUUAAGACGAACGUUAUUUCAAAAGACUCUGCUGGGUUUGCCAUUAUUCAAAACCUUAUCAUCAAUAUUGAAGUAUAUUACAUCAUAUGGUUAUAUAAUCGUUUCUAGCUUUACAAAAUAAACAUGUCGAACCAAGAUUACUACGGCGGAGGCGGCGGUGCUGGGUACGGUGGUGGUUAUCCCCCUCAGAAUCCGAAUCAGCAUCAAUACCCUCCGCAGAACGCCGGUGGUCAAUACCCCCCACCCAACCAGUAUCCUCCUCAAGGCCAAUAUCCCCCCGACCACAAUCAAUAUGGCAAUAAUCAAUACGGCGCCCCUCAGCCGUCGCAUUCACCAAACCCUGGAGGAUAUGGACAGCCCCCGAAACAAUAUGACGCAUAUCAACCACCACAAGGUUACGGUGCACCUCCGCAACACGGGAGCCCAGCAUACCCCGGUGGCCCGCCUGCCUACGACAAUCGGGGUGCUCCUGCACAAGGUCAUAGCUACCCACCACAAGGACAAUAUCCACCACCCGGAGGUCCCGGGGGUCAAUACCCGCCGUACCAGCAAGGCCAACAUCAGCAAUACCCGCCCAUGCAACAUGGGGGUGCCCCCGGGGGCGACCCUAAUAGCACCGAUAGAGGGCUUGGAACAACAUUAAUAGGAGGCCUGGUCGGGCAUGCGGUUGGAUCCCACGCGCACCCCUCUGGAGGCAUACCUGGCAUGCUUGCCGGGGCCUACGGUGGUCAUAAGUUGGGCAAGACGCAUAAGAAGGACAAGAAGCACAAGAAGGACAAGAAGAAGCACAAGAGCCAUAGCCGCAGCAGCAGCUCGAGUAGUAGCAGCAGUAGUGAUUAGAAUGGCUUACUUACGUGGUAUGACUGGGUGUGAAUACAACCCGAGGGAUUUGUUGAACGGAACCCCGGGAUGGAUGGAUAGACGAUGUUAUGAUUGUUCGUUGGUAUGAGUUGAAUGUCUCGGGUGGAGGUUUCUAUCAGAGCUACUCCUAGCAAGCUCUUCAUUCCGCCCUGCUGUUCCGUCGUGCUUGGAUAUGAUCGCCAGCUGCAUGUCAACUACCUAUCUACCUGC